UCUUAAUUAAUUCUUCUACUUGUACCAUGUCUGAUGAAACAAGAAACUUCUUUUACCAUGACCCAUUCAUCUCCUCAACCAAUAAUUAUUCUUUCUCAUUCUCCAACAAUAUUACCACUUCACUUGGCCAUGGUCAUGGCCAUGAUCAUCAAUUAGGGUUUGAUCCUCAAUACACGAGCUUCACAAACUACGAUCAAUACCAAGCCAUGCAAAGAGACUUUGGUUUCUCAACCGCCCCGGAAUCUUCUCAAGUGUUUUCUAAUUCGGUACAAAACGAGCAUAAUCAUCAUGAAUAUUGUCCCGGCGUGACAAAUUCUUCGAUAUCUUCCUCGUCUACAGAAGCUGUUGGCGAGGAAGAUAAGAAGAAUAGUCUGCAAAGAGGCUCAGAUGGUAUUGAUGGUGGAGAGAGCUCAAAGAAACUGAUGCCUAAAGAGAAAGGAAUAUUAAAGAAGAAAGCAGAAAAGAAAGAAAGACAGGCUCGGUUUGCUUUCAUGACAAAGAGCGAAGUUGACCAUCUAGAAGAUGGUUACCGUUGGAGAAAGUAUGGACAAAAAGCUGUCAAGAAUAGCCCUUUCCCAAGAAGCUAUUACAGAUGCACGACACAAAAAUGCACGGUGAAGAAACGUGUUGAGAGAUGCUACGAAGAUCCAUCAACCGUGGUCACCACGUACGAGGGUCAACAUAACCAUUCCAUACCCUCGACAAUGAGAGGGGCAGGUCCGGUUUCGAAUAAUCACUUGUUAUCACAAUCCAAUAUUAAUCCAAUGAGCUUCUCCUCGAAAGACAUGGAAACAUCAAAAUUAUGCUCUCCCACUUAUGAGAUUCACCAACAGUUUCCUGAUUAUGGACUUCUACAAGACAUGCUUCCUUCCAUGUUUUUUUUGAAACAUGAGCAACAUCAAUAUCCAUGAAGACAGUCUCACCAUGUAUACAGAU